GACCGCAUCUUUGUGAUGGAAGCCAUCACCUUCAGUGUCAAGGUGGUGUCGGGGGAGUUCAGCGAGGACAGCGAAGUGUACAACUUCACGCUGCACGCAGGCGACGAGCUCACUCUCAUGGGCCAGGCGGAGAUCCUGUGCGCCAAGACCACCAAGGAGCGCUCGCGCUUUACCACCCUGCUGCGCAAGCUGGGCCGGGCCGGGGCACUGGCCGGGGUGGGAGGCCCAGGGGGCGCCGGGGGCGCGAGCGGGGGCGCCAGGCCCAUCAAAGGCAAGAUGCCCUGCCUCAUCUGCAUGAACCACCGCACCAACGAGAGCCUGAGCCUGCCCUUCCAGUGCCAGGGCCGCUUCAGCACGCGCAGCCCGCUGGAGCUGCAGAUGCAGGAGGGCGAGCACACGGUGCGCGCCAUCAUCGAGCGCGUGCGGCUCCCGGUGAACGUGCUGGUGCCCAGCCGGCCGCCGCGCAACCCCUACGACUUGCACCCAGUGCGGGAGGGCCACUGCUACAAGCUGGUGAGCAUCAUCUCCAAGACCGUGGUGCUGGGGCUGGCGCUGCGCCGCGAGGGCCCCGCGCCGCUGCACUUCCUGCUGCUCACCGACACGCCGCGCUUCGCGCUGCCGCAGGGCUUGCUGGCCGGGGACCCAGGUGGAGUCAUGGCCCUCUGUUUGCAGGUGAAGGAGGAGUGCCGCCUUCUCAACGCCCCACCCGUGCCUCCCCGGGGUGGCAGUGGCAGUGGCCGGCUCUCUGGCAGCCCCCCAGUGCCUCCACGCUUCCCCAAGCUGCAGCCGGUCCCCUCGCCCAGCUCCAGCCUCUCCUACUACUCCUCUGGCCUCCAGGACGGGACGGGUUCCCGCAGCGGCAGUGGCUCCCCGUCACCGGAUGCCUACUCCCUCUAUUGCUACCCAUGCACCUGGGGAGACUGCAAAGUGGGCGAGUCCUCUGGCCGCCCACCGCCGGGACCCCUGCCCUCCACCACGCAGCCCAGCCAGGCCUCGCGGGCCCUCGCAGAGCCCCUGAGCAGUCGAACUGCCUCCCUCUUGGGGGCUGACACCCCUGUCAAGACCUACCACAGCUGCCCGCCACUUCUCAAGCCCUCUCACCCCCAGAAACGCUUUGCUCCGUUUGGAGCUCUCAACCCUUUUUCCGGGCCUGCGUACCCUGCCGGCCCUUCAGUGGCCUCUUCUUCUGGGCCGACAACCACCUCGGGUGCCCUGGCUACCUCCAGCCCUGCGUUUCCCCCAGGCCCAGGCUCGUCAGGCCAGGCCUUUUCAGCUGCUCCCACCUCCUGCCCCACCGCCUCCUCCUCUCCCUCUGAGUGGCAGGAAUCAGCCCUGGAGCCCUUUGAUCCCUUUGAGCUGGGGCAGGGUGGUUCUCCAGAGCCAGAGCUGCUGUGCUGUAAGGAGUCCAGAGCUGUGGGAGUACCUGGGCCUGGACCCUGCCUUUCACCACUUGGACCCCCCAAGGCCUUUGAGUCUGAAGGUUUAGUGCUGCGGCAGGUCCCCACCCCACUGUCACCAGCGGCCCUGAAGGGGCCCAAGGCAGGUGGAGCACGCCUCCUUCUCACCCAAGGGCGCCUAGAAGGGCCUCCUGCUAGUCCCCGGGAUGGCACCACAGGCUGGGGAGGCCGGGACGUCUCCUGGCAGCCCCCCGCUGACCUGUCCGCACUCUCCCUGGAGGAGGUCUCUCGCAGUCUGCGUUUCAUAGGGCUCUCAGAGGACGUGGUGAGCUUCUUUGCCCGAGAACGUAUCGAUGGCAGCAUCUUUGUGCAGCUCAGUGAGGACAUCCUGGCAGACGACUUCCACCUCACCAAGCUUCAAGUCAAGAAGAUCAUGCAGUUCAUCAAAGGCUGGCGGCCCAAGAUCUGACCUUGCCGGCUUGUAGCUGCACCAGGGGAACGCUGGCCCAGAGGCCCUGAGGCCAGCCAUGGUCUGCAGGGGGACAGCACUCCCAGAGGCAGGCCCUGCCUGUGAGGAUGCUAGGUAGCCACUCUGUGAACCAGGGGAGACAUACUUGGAAAUGGGGUCCUCUGGGACCAGACGCCUGCAAUGGGACUGCUUGCCUUUGAGUGGGCAGAGUACGUGAGGAGAGGAGCAGAGGCCCCAGUGUGCACCUGGAUCUGGUGAGACAUUUGCUGUGAUUCCAUGGUGGGGUCAAAAGCUAGUCUUCAUGGUGACCAACACUCACACCCUGCUAGAGCUUCACAGAAAACUCAUACUUCUCCAGUUUUAGGUUCAGAUUAGAGACCAGGGAAGAAGAUGGUCCAUAAUUUAAGCAAAAAUUCCCCAAGUGCCCUCUCUCCUCUGUGCUCUGGGGGCUUUUAGCCUAAGCUGCCCCAGGGUUGGGGUGCCAGUUUCAGGACCUCCGUGAUGCCCUUCCCUUCCCCCUGUUACAUCACGAGCAGGUCCCUGGCCCUGAGCACAAGUGUAUCAAGUAUAAGCUGUGCUGCUGCACCUCAGAGGCUCCACCUGUGGGUCCUGGUUCGCGGGCGAUGACUUUAGAAGGGCACAGCCCUGCUGUUCAUGUAUCUAGUUAGGGAGGCAGAUGCUUCCCUGAUGCCCUGGGUUCUCCCCUGCGCUCGAUGCAACUGGCCCUCCAUCCUGCUGGUUGGGCCCUGUCUGUGAAGACUCUGACUCCAUGGAAGAGCCCAAGAUGUGACGUUGCCAGGUUGAGUGGGUCGGCUGCUCCAAGAUUCUAGAGGCAAGUGGCUGCAGUCACUCCCACUUGCACCGACUCCUGCCCCCAUCACUUGACUCUGGCAGACACCUGGUGUCCUUCCCUGGUUUCUUGUCCCUGGUGCACGGGAGGGAGAAAGCACACUGGCUUGGGAAAACCUGCCCUUUCCCUCCUGGAGCUCAGUCUUCCUGCACUUGCUCACAUGCUUCAGGCCAGGUGUUUGUGUCCUUGAU